CGCGGCGCUGUCAUGGCGGCGCACUGACGGCACUGUGUGGCACGUGCGGAGGAAACAGAACCGAACAGAACCGAGAGCUGAGGAGGAGACGAGCAGAGACACGGAGAGGGAGAGAGAGAGGGAGGGAGGAGGUUCGGUGAAAGCGGCGCUUUGUUCGGUCCGGUGUCGGGAGCGGAAGCGGAAGCGCAGGCCGGUGCGGAUGGAGGCGGCGGUGCUGAGGGGGUUCCUGACCCGCACCGACAGAACCGAGUGCGAGCAGAACUUUAACACCGCAGAUGGAGGUCCACUGCUUCACUGUGUGUUCAUGGGUGAUUUUGAGGCCGUGUUGCUCAGCGUGCCCGUGUUGGAGAUGCUCUCUGGAGAGCCGGAGCAGGACGAGAACAUCGAGUCGUACCUGCAGAGAUGCAUCAUCACCUACCUGAGCACCAAUGAAGAAGAAACCAAGAGGGACAGGGAGUUGGCCAUGUUGGCAUUAGCGGUUUCAUGCCUUCAUCUGUUUGUCCAGUCUAAUUGGACCGGUCCACCUUUUGUCCUCCACGUCUCUGACUUGCUCCCCUCAGCUCUGCUGGACAAAUACACAGAGGCAGGUGGUGUGACGUCAGCGCUGCUCUCCAGUCUGCUGUUAGACGGUGAGUGUGUGUACAGUCUGCUGAGGAACCCUCUCCUCCUGCUUAUGGCCCGAGUGCUGCUGGUCUCCUGCGCUGAGAGGAUGGAGAGCCUACAGCUGCUGCCCUGGUGGACACUGAGGUAUGUGGUGUUGCAUCAGCAAGUUCUGGAGGAAAAAUCGCCCCAACUCCACAGUCUGGCACAGAGGUGUAUGGAGAAAGUGUGUGAGCGUGAGGAUGUUCUCGGCAGUGAAACGCACAGAACCCUGACCAUGCUGUUCCACCUGGAGUGCAGCUACACGUGUCUGAGUUACUACGAGCAUCACAGAGCCAAAGAACAUCUACAGAAAGCUCGCGACCUCUCGGGACUCGACAUCAACAUGACUGGUGCGCUGGGGAAGAGAACUCGCUUUCAGGAGAAUUUCCUCGCUCAGCUCAUUCUUGAUGUCAAACGGAAGGACGACGCCCCCAACAGCGAGCUUUCCCCAAAACCGACGCCCACAGACCUUCUGCCAAAAGACCACCAGCUGAAUGAUGAUACUGUACUGAACCAGAUAACCCUGGCCACUCCGUGUGAACACCAGCUCCCUGACCUGCGCGCUGAGGAGCAGGCGCUCAUCCUGGGAGUGUGCGUGGACUUCCAGAAGAACAAUCCCGUCCACAAACUGAACGAUGAGGAGAUUCUGGCCUUCGCCACGUGUGUACUGUCUCAGCCGAAGUUCUGGGCCGUGGAGGUGACGGCGCUUUGCCUGAGGACAAAAGUGGAAAGGUCAAGUUCACGUAGAGUGGAGCGCGCUAUGAUGCAAACUCAGACGCUGGUGGAUUUCUUUAAUGAGACGAAGUGUCCGGUGUCGGAGCGACUGAAAACCUUCUACAGCUGCCGAGCUCCUCCACACUGGGACCUGCAGAGACAGUUAGCGAGUUUGCUAACAGAUCUUGGGCUAACUAGCUCAGCUCUGCUCAUUUAUGAGAAACUGGAACUUUGGGAAGAUGCCGUCAUCUGCCUGGAGCAAAUGGGCCAGCAUGGCAAGGCGGAGGAGAUAUUGAGGCAAGAGCUGGAGAAGAAGGAAACGCCAUCUCUUUACUGUCUCCUGGGCGACGUGUUAAAGGAUCCGCAGUAUUACGAUCGAGCCUGGGAGCUCUCCAAACACCGCAGCGCUCGGGCACAGAGGUCCCGAGCCCUCCAUCACCUCCGGAAUAAAGAGUUCCAGGAGUGUGUGGAGUGUUUCGAACGUUCGCUGGGCAUCAAUCCUAUGCAGUUGGGGGUUUGGUUCUCUUUAGGUUGUGCGUAUUUUGCAUUGGAGGGUUAUGAAGGAGCCGCUAAAGCCUUCCAGAGGUGUGUGGGACUGGAACCAGAUAACUCUGAGGCCUGGAAUAAUCUGUCCACAGCCUACAUCAAACUGCGGAAAAAAGAAAAGGCUUUCCACACACUGCAGGAGGCUCUGAGGUGUAACUUUGAGCGCUGGCAGAUCUGGGAGAACUUCAUCGCCGUGUGCAUCGAUGUGGGCGAGUUUGCUGAGGCCAUUCGAGCGUAUCACCGUCUCCUGGACCUGAGGGACAAGUACAAGGACGUAGAGGUUCUGGAGAUUCUUGUCAGGGCGGUGGUUGAUGACCUGCCUGAUCACCGUGGCAACCGGGCAUCCAAUCACAGAGCCAAGUUGCAGGAGCUGUUCGGCCGAGUCUCUGCCAGCUGCAGCACUGACGCCCAAAUAUGGAAGCAGUAUGCCCGUCUCUAUGGCGACGGUCAUAGCGAUAACAAAGAGGAGAACGAGAAGGCACUACACUUCCUGUCUAAAGCCCAUCGGUGUGAGAUGCAGAAAUCAGGCUGGGAGAAAGACCCAGGCAGCUUUAAGGACGUGAUAAAGGGAGCCGUAGACAUGGCCGCUGUGUGUGUCCGCUGUAGCAGGUUGAAGUCGAAUCCCCAGGAAGCGCUGCAGUUGCUCUCGUCGGCUCGCCUCAGCCUGAAGAGUUUAGCCACUAAAGCUAAACAACUCUACACUGAUGUAGCAACGGGACGCGUUCACGAUCAGCUCCAAAACGAUGUGACCCAACUGGAGCAGCGAAUCGCCGAGCUACAGGACCUGAGCGCCGAGUUGCGCAGCCAAUCAGAAUAAGGUUCCCUCCAAAACCCCGCCUUCUGCUCCUCCCCCUUCCCCACACUAUACAGUGUCGGAUAAAAUGUGCGAAUAAACUGCGAGUCAUGAAAAUUCAGAAUAAAGUUUUUUUUUGUAUUGUU